UUAUUAUUGGAACUCUAUUGUCAGUCUGUGUGUAGACUUCAUCGAGUAAACAUAUCAGAGGGCGACCUGUGAAGCCACGACAGACGACCUCCGACACAGUAAUCCCCCGCCUUAGUGUAAGUUGUGCUAUGGGAGGAGCGACUCAGGCCAAGCCCCUAAACCCCGCAGAGGAAGAGUUUGAGGUCCUUGACGUAAGAGGCACAGCGCGCUCCAAGAUGUCGUGGAUCCAGCAAUUUGUGCAGGACUUGACCAGGGAACCAGUGACCAAGCAAGUGGUUGUUGGUGGUGUGUCAGGAUGGGUCGUUGGUUACCUGUCCAUGAAAGUAGGGAAGGUGGCUGCAACUGUCGUAGGAGGAAGCAUGAUCAUUAUGCAGCUGGCAGCUCACAAAGGAUACAUCAAAUCUCGGUAUCCUUCACAGGUCGACUGGAACCGCCUCAACAAAGACCUCGAGAAGAACGCCAAGAAGCUGAAACGGGAAGUGGAAUCCAACGUGAACGGCAGUGCGGCAGAUCAGAGCACAAUGAAAGAUGCAGCACGUCGCCUAGAUAGAAAGCUUGAAAAGGCAGCCGAAAAGUUAGACCGCAAACUUGGGCAAGCAGAACAAAAGGCCGACUGGUGGUUUAGCAAGAAAUUUGACUCGGCGAGAAAAAUGUACCGGAAGCACGUGCUGGGGGACUCUAGCAACAUUACCGUAGAUGAACUUUAUAUGCUCAACAUGUAUAUUAUGGCAUUUUCUGUAGGAACAAUGCUUGGUGUGGGAACAGGGAAGGUGAUAUGAACUUAUUAAACAGGAAAGCAUUGGAUCGUUAUUUCUCACAUGGCUGUGUGAUGUAAAGGGCCUUUGCAUUGCUAUAUUUACCGUGUGUAGCAAGGUCUAACAGUCCUUUUUUAUUUCUUCCCGGUACUUUUUUUUUUUAUCAAGGUUAUAGAUCAGUGUGAGACAUGCAAGGCAGGUAUAUAUAUGUAUAUAUUAUUAUAUUUUUUUUCAUACAUUGUCUUGAUGGAAGAAAAAAGUGUGAUAGGGGACAUGGUACGUAUUCACUUCAGUAUCAUAACUUUUUUUUAUUCAAGUUCCCUUUAAGUUGCUGAGAUAGAUUGAUUUUGCAAGCUUUAAGGACCAUCUUCCUCAAGAGGAAAAAUAAUCAUAUCUUCCAGAGCACCUUAGCAUCUACCUUCCGUCACUUAGCAUACAAAUGUUCAUGUAUAUCUAUAUAUAUUUACUGUAUACUCAAUACUGUAUAUCUGUGAAAGCAUGGGUUAUUAACAGAAAAUGCUGAUAUGAUCACAGAUGAUUUAAUCAAUUAUAGGUCCUGGUGCAGUUCUUUAGUUUGCCAAUGUAGGUUUUCCGUUGCAUAAGAGACAUAGCUGUAGUCAUUCCUUUAUCAAUUUGAUUUUACCUUCUAGCAAUUCCAACUGAAGUUUUCAAGAGUGUGUCAGUAAUCCAGUGAUCUACUCUAAAUGCAUUCUAGUCGAUUGUAUUACAUUUUAUAAUGAAGUAGUAUUAACGAACGAGUAUUUAAUUUUCCAUUGUUGAAUUGUGUUUAUUAACCCAUUCCCAACCUUUGUGUUUAUUUAAAUUGUCAUCCUGUGUGUGUGUCAGUUUUCAAAUAUUAUGACCAAAAUAUCA